AUGAUUUCAGAACGUGCUGCCACGGCCUUAGCCACUGUCUCGACCAUAUGCUGGUGUGUUCAACUAAUCCCACAAAUAUACUCGAAUUGGAAAAGGAAAGAUUGUACCGGAUUACCACCCGUGAUGAUGUUCUUAUGGGUUAUUUCUGGGAUUCCCUUCGCAAUAUAUUUCUGUGUGUCUAAAGGUAACGUUACUCUACAAGUCCAACCACAUCUAUUCAUGUUCUUCUGUGGGAUAAGUUUUGUCCAAACCUGUUAUUAUCCCCCAACCAAAUUACCAGUUUGGAAAAUCAUUGUUAUUGUCUCCUUGAUCAUCGCAACUGAUAUCGGUAUGGAAGUCGGUUUCAUAUUAUGGUUACGUCCCUUAUACUCUAGAGGUAUCCAUUGGCCUGAUUUGAUUUUUGGUAUUAUUGCCACCAUAUUGCUAGCUGUAGGAUUAUUACCUCCUUAUUUCGAGUUAGCCAAGAGGAAGGGUCGUGUGGUCGGAAUUAAUUUUUUGUUUCUAUUUAUCGAUUCCCUGGGAGCUUGGUUGGCCAUCGCUAGUGUUAUCGUUGGAAAUAUGGAUACCAUGGGUAUUAUACUGUAUGCUUUUAUUGCAGGUAUGGAAUUGGGUAUCUUCGCAUCUCAUUUCAUAUGGUGCUGUAGAUUUAAGUGGUUCUCAAAGAACAAAUUUGUCGACGACGAAGAACAAAAGGAAGGAAACAGUACUCAAGAGAAAGAGGAGCUUUCUGAAAAGAAUCAACAUGAAAUAGAGAACCUAAAGGGCACUGUUGGUAUGGAAAGGGGUGGCACUACCAUCCAGGAAUUAAGUGAAGAAGAUUUAGCUGACGACGUUAACUCUAGCUUUUCCGAUGAUAUAGGAGUUCCUGAUAUCUCAGAAAGAGCUACUGUAUUAGGGUCGGUACAUGCAGUUCAUGGUGUUAUAUUGAAGAGAGAACCAACCACGACUGGUGCCAUUACAGUGUAA